UACCACUGUUCAUUUCCAAAUACACUUCUAUUCAAGCAAGUUUUUAAUAUCCAGAUAAGUUUGUAUUUACAUUUAAAAAUUUAUGAUUGUUUCACGUUCUUUUAUGACUUCUUUGGAAGUCAUGUGAAAGCCAAAACAAAGAGGGCCACAGGCAGUAAAUAGCGUCAGGUGUAUCCAUAGCAACCAAGGCUGUAACACUGUUCACUUGGAUUGGUUGUAAAAAGCAGAAACGUGAGCAUUGCCUUUUCCUAUUUGCUACAAUAGGAACGUCUAUUAAUCAUCGAGGGGGAAAAACAAUGUCGAUGGUUUCUUAUGGAAGCAAAAAUUAAUGCUAAAAAUGUCCAACUUGGUUAAAAAAAUGAGAACAGGAGAAAAGUUGCCUCUGAGAUCAGGGGUUCAAAGCAGGGCAUCUUGUGAUCUCAAGAGACUCCAGUACUUGCUUGCCAACAGCACCAGACGGGAGGUGCCAGCGAUGAGUCGUGGUAAAGCAGGCAGCAGCAGAACAACGUGGUCCUCACAGUCUCCAAAUCCCACCAGCAGACACAGGAGUGAGAGUGACAUCGUUAGUGAAGCAUCUGAGCUGGAGAAGUUCAGCAUCAUUUACAAAGACCAAAGAAGUUUCAGCAGUUGCCCUCUGAAUAAACAAUUCUUGGACCUUUUCACCACUUUGGUCAAAAAUAGACUCUGCAGUGAAUGGAUAGACCAGGCACCACCUGAGGCAGUUCUUAGAGUUCUCAUCUGUCUCCGAUUAUUCAUCAGAGAUCCCAGCUAUCAGAAAACUCUCUAUCAGCUCCAAGGCAUUGAUUUUCUUGCCAAGUACAUGGAGGCUGUCACUACCAAGUGCACGUCUUGUGUUGAACAGGAGUUUGAUACACAGAAACUUGUAACAAUGACCUACGUGUUUCAGAAGCUGUCUGCCGCUGAAAAUCAAAGAGUCUGGGUCAUUGAGAGUGGCGCUCACAGAACUCUAGUGAAGCUCCUCUCCACUGAAGACCACGGGGUGUUACAUGCAGCCCUGCUGGCACUCACCUCCUUGGCUGACAGCCCAGAAUGUAAGAAAGAGAUAGGGGAGACACCGAUUGUGGAGAGCCUCCUUGUGAUCCUGCAGGAAUACGACCUGCUGUCAAAAAGGAUGAGCGCAGAGUUGUUGAGGCUCCUGUCUCCGAUCCAGCACAUAAGGCUCCAGUUAAAGGAGCUGGAGGGAGUUCCCGUGCUGCUGAGCCUCCUGCAUGGGUGGAACCUGAAGCUGCUAUGGAGCAUCACCUGGAUUUUGGUCCAGCUCUGCGAGGAUCCUGACACCAGAGCAGAGAUUCAGAGCUGGGGGGGAGUACAGCAGCUCCUCCGGCUGCUCAGCAGUGACAGGUGGUACAUCUCAGAUAGAUCAACCAUCGAGACGCUUUCUAAGGCCAACAACAGCAGUCACGCUCUGCACGAGCACACAGGAGAGGAGCUCGCCCCUCAUGAGGAGGCGUACAACAUUUUGGCCCUGCAAUCAGCCUGCUGCUCAGCUCUGACUGAAAUGAGUCUGGAUGAUUCAUCGGCUCACCACAUUGUUCAAGAAAAUGGUGUUUACAUAAUCGCAAAGUUAAUUUUACCUCGAGAUCAGGAACCUAAUGUCACUUCUUUGCAGUGUUAUGCCUUCCGGACCCUCCGAUUUCUCUUUAGUGUUGAAAGAAACAGACAUCUGUUUAAAAGCCUUUUUCCCACAGACAUCUUUGAGUUGUUUAUUGAUGUUGGAAAUUAUGUGAGAGACCUGACGGCAUAUGAGGAGCUUCAAGGCACAGUUUCACUCUACACUGAAGAGGAGCUAGACAGUCUGAGAGAGAACAUCGACACCCUGGAUCAGAACCGACCCCCGCUCAGGGUGAUCAGCGGCUACUCCAUACUAGAUCAUCUGGGUACCGGAGCCUUCGGAAGUGUCUUCAAGGUCCGAAAGGAGAGCGGGCAGAACCUUCUGGCUCUAAAGGAGGUGAACCUACACAACCCAGCGUUUGGCAAAGACAAGAAGUCCAGAGACAGCAACGUCGAGAAAAUCAUCUCAGAACUCACCAUCAUCAAAGAGCAGAUGACACACCCGAACAUUGUUAAAUAUUACAAAACAUUCCUGGAAGGUGAGAAGCUUUACAUCGUGAUGGAGCUGAUUGAGGGCGUUCCCCUCGCGCAGCAUUUGAACUCUCUGAAGGAGAAGCAGCAGCAGUUCACCGAGGACCGGCUGUGGAGUUUAUUCAUACAGAUGUGUCUGGCGUUGAGGUACCUCCACAAAGAGAAGAGAAUAAUCCACCGUGACCUUUCACCCAAUAACAUCAUGCUGGGAGAGAAAGAUAAAGUCACCAUCACUGACUUUGGCCUCGCCAAACAGAAACAGGAGGACAGCAAGCUGACGUCGGUGGUCGGCACCAUCCUUUACUCCUGUCCAGAGGUGGUGAAAAACGAGCCAUACGGGGAGAAAGCUGACAUCUGGGCUUUAGGCUGCAUCUUGUAUCAGAUGGCUACUCUACAGCCUCCUUUCUACAGCAGCAACAUGCUGUCUCUGGCCAGCAAGAUCGUGGAGGCCGUCUACGAGCCAGUUGCAGAGGGCACCUUCUCGGGUCGAGUCCCAGACAUGAUCAGAUGGUGCUUGAGUCCAGAUGCGGAACAGCGGCCGGACAUUAUAGCCGUCAGUUCCAGGAUCUCUGACAUCAUGAUGAAGAUGAUGGAUGGACUCUACGUCUCCCAGAAUGCACUGCAGAGAAGAGCCGACAGGGACAGGAGGCGGGCGCAGAAAUACUUCCUGGAAAGGCACAAAAGCAGGAUGAACUGCUGUCACUCAAACCAGGAAAACAAUUUGACUGAGACUGAAUCUCUGACUCAGAGCUCCUCUGCAGCCUGCAGCUUAAACCAGAGCAAGCAGAGGGUCGGUCAAGGUUUGACUCCAGAUGUUAGUUUUACACCUGGUCCUGCUGUGGACAGUGGAUAUUUUACAGCUUCAAAGAUUAAACCAAGACCAGUGUCUGCAGGAAUCUGCGUGUCCCAGAAGAAGCUGCGACAGAUCGAUGAUCCCAUCCAGAAGAUGCUCGUGCAGUUGCACAAAAUCAUCUUCAUCACUCAGCUUCCACCAUCUUCACAUCGUAACAUCCGCCGCCGCCUCGUUGAACGAUUCAAGAAGUCCCUCUUCCAGCUCGGCAGCGAUUCCUCCAACCUGAAGUUGGAGCUCAGUAAGCUCCUCCAGUUGUCUCCAGAGCUGAUGGAGCUGAGCUCCUCCAGCUCUGACUUGUGGCCUCUGAUGCAGAACUUCACCGGGGAUCAGGCUGCUGAUGGCGCAGCUGAUGUGAAUCUCAGAGACGGAGUUACGUACCAGCGCAUGCAGGGGAUCAUCGAGGAGCUCCUUAAGGAAAAUGAAUACUACAGAGCAUCACACAGCAGAGUCAAGGAAAAAUAAUGACCACAAAGAAGUUUUUUCCCAUGUUGAGUUCGGAUUCCUCAGGAAAUUCUGAAGCAGGGAAGGAUGUCCAUCCCAAAUGGACCAGUUUACACACCCAGCAGGCUAACUGGUGUUAGCAUACAUCCACUGAGUAGCAUGAACAAAGCUGUGUUUGGAACAAGGUUACUGCUGCAGGCAUUAAAUCAUGUCUUUUUGCAAAGUCACAUGUCAUUUUGAGGUCAGGGCCAUUUGGAAACUCAGAAAUCCCAGCUUGUACAUCUAAAUUAAACACAACACCAUCCUCAAAGGUCAAAACCAACUUUAAUUUAUUCACAAAAAUAUGAAGGUGGUUCUACAAAGUAGUUUUAGUGAAAUAAAUGAACUUUAUUCAGUUAUUUAAUGCUUAAAAGCAGUAAAACAUGUGUUUGUACUCAUUUACAGUCUUUGCUUUAAAUUACUUUUUUGUAUAAAUGUUACCAGUCUCCAGAUAUAUUUAAAUAAACAAAAAAGUGUGUUUAAAACCUUUUUAAUGUUUUUGUGUCGCGGUCCAGCCUCUGUGCUGAUUAAGCUCUCACGCUGUUUGGGUGGAAAUCCUCAGGCUGAAACUCAGUGGUUUGAACUCCUCGCUGCAGAGCUGCAUGCGACAACGUGUGUUUUUCAGAUUCAUUUAAAACCACAGUUUCCUCCCAACACGUCCCAGUAGAGUUGAUAGAAACGUUAGGUUUAAUUCAACAUGUCUGACUGCAGAAAAAAUAAAAACAGGUCACCAGUUUCUACUUUAAUACACCAUUUAACUCUGUUGUGACUCAUUUCAACUUUUAGAGGUGAAAACUGUUUUUCACACAUACAAAACCACAAAAUGUGCAAUAACUGUAGUUAAAGGUGAAAUGUGCUUCUUUUGCGUUAUAAAUGCAUGAGAUGAGAUUUGGGUCAAGCUCAGCAGGAAAUCCUAGAGAUUUCUCCUGAAGUAAGGAUCAUGAGAGGAGGUGUGAAGGUUUCUGAAAUGACAUCACAGGAACAGCUGGGAAUGAAGCAAUACAUUUUCACUCCCUGACUAUCUGUAAACUCAUCAGACAUAAAUAUUUUAAAGGUGUGGUAGACUGAAAAAACAUAUUUAAAGAUUAUUUCUGAUUGUAAUCGGUCACUCUGAGAUUUUCAUGCAGGCUGAACAUGAAAUAGUCUCCUAUCUCUUGCAUUAGCUUCUGAUAGAAAAUUGAUAGUGAAACUCUGGGUGUUGCGGCCUUUUACCAUCCAAAACAAAAUAAUUCCAACAAAAGGCUAUGGGUGGAAACAGGUGGGUUUGGGUUUUGCACGCACUCCAGACUUCAGUUCUUAAAAUUAUAUUCCAUUUAUUUCUUUCAAAGUUUAAAUUCCAAAAAAAAAACAACAACAAAAAAUCCAGCAAUGUCUUAUUUCGAAUUUAAACAAAAUCCAACUUAAAUCAACUAAUCAAGUCAGUGUAAAGUGGUCAAAAAAUGAUUAAAAACCCUCCCAUCACCUCCAGCUGACAUCUAACAAAUCAAAAAACCUUUCUUUCCACCUGGCUUGCUCCUCAUAUACCUAAUUAAUGGGAGGGUCCAAAAGUUUACAAAGUCAUCACAAACAGACAAAAUUAAUUAAAUAAAUUAAUAAGUUACUUAAAGAUUUAGGUAGAAGUCAGACUUAUAUGUUUCUACUGUUAAACAAAAACAGGAACAAAUAAAACUGAUGACUUUCAAACCCUCAAUGAAUUUGGCCACAACACUAGGAUUAAAAAAUCCU